AGAGCAGGCGUCAGCAGUAGUCAGCGAGGACGGGGGAGUGAACACAGUCGGACGAGACCAACAUGAAGCCGCCACCUAUGAAGUUACUUCUGCUACUCGCACUGGUCCAUCUGGUGUGUUCAGACCCUGCCAAGGACGCUCUGCCUGACGGAGAAAGAAACGCGCUGGCACUCCGGGACGACGACCCUGAUGGAGCAGCCAUCCCAGCACUCGCUGCCAAGACCAACCAGGACAGUGCCGAACUGCCUCCCGGGGUAGAGACCAACACUGCCUUGAGUCCAGACAAAAGAGGAUUCUUUUCCAAGCUGAAAUCCUUCUUUCGCCGCAAGGGAAGAAAAAAGGGAAGAAAAGGAAAAAAAAUUAAAUACAACACAGAUGAUGAAGAUGGCAGUGAGGAAGAAAGCCACGAAAAUUAUGAAAAAAGAAGCGAAGACGACUUGAAUCCUGAGAACAGUGAGGCUGAUGAAGCUAGCACUGAGGCUGAUGAGGGCACUGAGGCUGAUGAAGCUAGCACUGAGGCUGAUGAGGGCACUGAGGCUGACCAGGGCAGUGAAGAGGAUUUAGCUGAGAAUCAGCAAUACGCUUCUAAGUCCAGGGACAACGUGAAGUGCAAAAAGUGCAAAAAGGCGGAGAAGGUGUGCAGAAAGUCGAAGAGGUGCCGAGGCUCUAAAAAGAAGUGCAAAAAGUUGAAGAAAAAGUGUAAAAAGAACAAGAAGAAGUGCAAAAAGUCGAAGUGUCAAGGCCUUUAAGAAGUACAAUUAAGGCUCCUCCAACAAGAAGUGCCAAGGCUUCAGCAUUUGGGGAAAAAAAAUCCCAAACGAAGAAAAAAUACCAACUGUUAAAAGGGAAUAACCUAUUACAAGUGUCUGGGUGAUUUAAAUGAUGAGUUAUAAUAUAAUUCGUCACAAGGAUGAAUUAACUGAUCAAUAUUUGUCUUUUUCUCAAUAGACUAUUAGCAUAUGA